AAGAUGUGAACUAUAAGCCGGCGAGAUCUUCCACCUUCCAUACAAGGAGGCAGGAAUUGGAUCAGUUGACUAUUCUUUCACUUUGGAUCAGAAAGAACUGUCUUUGAAAACUCCAAGACAGCCUCGUUCUUGCAGAUUUCCAAUAGAUAUAUUAUUGGGUCAUCCAUCCCCUCCAAAAAUUGCCAAUUUCUUGACUUUUGUUAUGGCCAUUGAUUGCUAAUCCGGAAGGACAGACGCGCACGCGCUUUUCCUAUUCCGAUGUUGAGCCCUUUGUUUUCUAAUUCUGAUGAUUUCUCUGUCAGUUAACUGGGACAGAGGAGGCGAGCCAGUGAGCGGUUGGAUCAGUCUCAGAGUAUCGCUGAGUUUCGAGAUUCUUGAUGCGGGUCUUUCUCCUUUAGCCCAUCUGAUCUGUCUGCUUCGGGGUAUUGUUGCAGAUUCUUAGUGGUGGGUUGCAUUGGUUCUUUAAGGAAAUACUGCUACUUGAUCACAGUUUGUGACUGACUGAGGGUCGAGUUUCUCUUUUGGUUUCCCAAUUUUCGCGAGUAAUAUUGGGGUGAGGUCCGAAUCGUAGAUCCCUGGGUUAUUGCAGAUGGCAGGCGUCCAGGAUCAGCUGGAGAUCAAGUUUCGACUCACAGAUGGUUCGGAUAUUGGGCCCAGGAGCUUUCCCGCGGCUACGAGUGUUGCCACCUUGAAGGAGAGCAUUCUUGCUCAAUGGCCGAAAGAAAAGGAGAAUGGUCCGAGGACAGUAAAAGAUGUGAAGUUGAUAAGCGCCGGAAAGAUCCUCGAGAACAACAGAACAGUUAGGGAGUGCCAAAGUCCGUUAUGUGAUAUUCCCGGCGGAGUUACAACGAUGCACGUCGUUGUCCAACCGCCUUCUGAAAAAGAUAGGAAAGACGCGGACCAGCGGAAGCAAAACAAGUGCAUCUGCGUCAUACUAUAACUCGCAGGUAGAGCGAAGACUGGAGUCAAUUCGGUCAUAAAUUCUGCUCAUCAAACUGUUCAGAUUACUGAAAAGGUAACGGUAAAGCCUUCUCGAGAACGGUCUAUAGAGUAAGCUCCUGAGAGUGAGAGCUAGUUCAGACAUGGAUAUGGAUAAGGGGUUUCAGCUAUAUGGUCGGUUAUAUAUAUACACAGCUAGGUCGGCAUCAGUUCUCUAGUCUUCAAAAUAAAAAUAAAAGGGCUUGUCUCCAUUUUUUGUACAUCAUUUUGCUGUAACGAGUUGAUCAACGCUGUUGCAGAUGCUAUAUAUAUAUAUAUAUAUGUCAACUUAUACACUGAUUUGAUGGUC